UAGCAGCUGGGAGGGCUCUUCCUGCCUAGGGGAGGCUCCACAGGAGUUUGUGGGAUUUACCAGUCUCCACCUCUCUCUCCCUGUCCUUCACCAAGGGCCAUGUGCAGUGGCAAGCUGCAGACAGGUUUGCUGGUGGGCAGCUAUUUCGUCUAUUUGCUGGUGGGUGCAGCCGUGUUCCAGGCGCUGGAGAGGACAGCCGAACAGCAGCAGAAAAUGGCAGCUGCCCAGAUGAAGGAGGCUUUUCUGCAGAAUUUCACUCACCUCACAGUGGCAGAGAUGGAGCAGUUUAUGAAGAACCUGACUGAAGCAAUUCAGAAUGGAGUAUACCCUAUUGGAAAUGAGUCACAGACUGAAAACAGCAACUGGGAUUUCAGUAACUCCUUCUUCUUUGCAGGCACAGUGGUCUCCACAAUAGGUUAUGGCACAUUAUGUCCUAAAACUGUUGGGGGCCAGAUCUUCUGUGUCUUUUUUGCUCUCUUUGGAAUCCCUCUCAAUAUUGUUUUUCUGCACCGUGUUGGUAAGAUCCUCUCAUUGCUGUGUAAAAAGCUGGGCAAGUUCCUGUACGAAAAAGGAAUGAGACAGAAGAAGAUCAAAUUUCUGACCCUUCUCUUCUUCCUCGUGACUGGGAUCCUGGUGUUUCUGUGCUUGCCGUCACUAUUCUUCCAGAUAACAGAGGGUUGGUCCUACAGUGAAGGAAUUUACUUUGCGUUUAUCACCCUCAGCACCAUUGGCUUUGGAGAUUACGUAGUAGGUAAACAACCUGGCAGGAUUUAUUUUGCCUACUACCGAACACUUGUGGCCAUUUGGAUUCUUUUUGGACUUGCCUGGAUUGCCCUCCUAUUUAAUUUAUUGACAACAGUUCUAGAAGAUACUGAGAAAAUAAUUGUCAAGGAUCUUCAUCAGAUUGGAAAGGCGGGCGAAGAUAAUGCAGCAAGCCAACCAAGAAGGUGCUGGCCUGUUCAAUUUAUUCCAGAAGAAGAACUAAUAUCACCAUGUGUUGAAGGGGAUGCCCAGAAAAUGGAGUCCUUAGCAGCAGAGGGUGCACAGGAAAACGGAGUAAGUAGCAGCACGUUCUGAACAAACAAAAAAUGGGGGAAAAAAAUGUGUCUUCUGAUAGCCAAAAAUACUGGCUACAUACUAUAACGUGGACAUGUAAUUUGUCAUUGGAAAUUUGCUAGUGCAUUAUUCUAAAGAAACUCCCAAGAAAUUAAACUUAUCCCACCUUUUGC